AUGGAAAAAGAAAAUAGUUUAGAUGUCUCAAAUAGACCCACGCGUGGAAGCAUUUCCCACCACUUUUCCCCACAAGUGGUCAUUAAAGACUGCAAAAAUUCUUUGGACGCACUCUUCUGCAAAUCUUGCCAAAUCCUCUUCGCCACGCAGAACGCUGCAGAUGUACACAUGGCGAGGCAUCUCCUGGAAGAGACGGACAACGAUUUGAACAAACCUAUUGCUCGGUGCCAAGUCUGCGGUUACAUUUUCAGAUCUCUGCAGCAUUUUAACAGCAACAGUGUCAAGCGACAUGCCAGCGCAUUCUCGGAGCCUACAGCUGAAUACUUUAAUGGAACUUGCAUGAACUGUACGGACACUCAUGCCAAUAUUGUUGCGCACAACAAACAUAUUUUAUCGAAUCACUAUGACUUGUACAACAUACAAAAUGUUAAUCACUUAAAAAUAAAUAGGAGAAGAGAUAAAAACUUCACUACACAAGAAACUGCAGGUGCAAACGAUAGCUCCACGAGGGUCGAUGGCAGAGGUGUUAAAGUAGAGGUAAAGAGUGAGUAUGCAAGGAGAGCCACGAUAGAUGAAAAGAAGGAUAUUAAAGAUACACAGAGAAUUAAAAAAGAAGAAAUAAAAGCCGAAUCGAAAGCAUUACAAUCCGAGACUCCAGUGAACACAUAUGAGAUAACAAUAUACAGAGAUUUCUUACCAAAUCACAACCUCGGCGCUAUCCCCCGCCGUGGGCCGAUGCUGACCGUUUGUCCGAUUUGCGGGGUCUACUUCAAUGUGCUGCCGGAGUAUAUAAAUCAUUAUGAAGCCAACCACAGGACUGACUAUAUGAUUCCCCUGUACAAGCCGUUCGACGGCGUAUGCGUGUGCGGCAAAAGAUAUCAGGAUAUUGAAGGGUUCAACGGGCACGUAAGAAAGAGACACGAGGUUCUGUACACACGAGAUGCACCGACGGUUCAAAUGAAGGUACAGGCCCGUCGACCCUGA